GGUGGGGGAGGGGAGGGCAGAUACUCAGCUAAACCAAUUUCUUAAUGGAUCCUAUUUAGGCUAAACUCAAAACUCAAGUAAUUCUGGUCCUAUAUGGGAAGGGCCAAAUUUACACAAUAAAAAUAGGGUCUCUGUGUUUCAUGAGAUUGUAUGUUUAAUGCUUGAAGAGAUCACAUUUUUAAAAAUAGUUCUAUGGGGAGGGAAAUUUUCUGCAAAGUAAAGAAACAUCUCAGAAUGAACUUAGAUUAUAAAUGUGAAUGCUUAUGCAUUAGGUUUACUUAUUCUGAGGCUCAAAUGUUUGCUUAAGCUUCUUGAUUAAUUUGGUUUUAAAGGUUUUGUUAUUCAGGAUCAUUAAUAUUCAUACCAAUUAUUCUAAAUGUAGGUUUCUUACAGUCAAUAACUUGAAGGUUUGUUAAUUUUUUUUCAGCAAUAUUUUGGGGUCCAAGAUUUUCCAGCUGUCUUCCUCUGUUUCUUUCUUAUUUAGCACAACUCACUGGGGCCAAUCCUAGUUUAAGAGCAGACACCUAUGACCUUCCCUCUGAGGGACCAAAUAGGGUCUCUGUAGGUCAGGUCCUAGGGCCUGGAGAGCACACUCAUCCCUUCUCUUCUCCUAUCUUGAUGCUCCUUCCUUAGCUAUUAACAAUAGGAAACAGCUCCAAUAUUUCAUGACUUAUGAUAUUAAAAUGAUGCAUCCAAUCAUCCUAAUUCUUAGCUCUUAAAGAAAUCAACUGACCUUCUAACAUUUCUGUUUUUGUGAUUCUUUUGGGUAACUGGUCCUAAAUAUUCUUUCUUGCCCUACAUGACAGAAUGACCCGUUUUUCAGCCUUCGUCCUGAAUUUGUUUUUCAGUUCAGAAGAGAGGAUGGAGAAAGCCAGUGGAAGAAAGUCUCUUGCUCUGUCCACAGCGGAGAACGGCAUAGAGAACGCAGGGCUGGAGCUCACGGAAGAAGGGAUAAAUUCUGAGCAAACCAGGAGGAUGGAAGUGCAAGGACACAGUCUCAGCGAUGAUGUGAGGCCUGCCACUCACCAAAGGAGUUAUCUACAGCCUCUCACCAAGGCAAGAACUUUCUGCCAAAGACAUGCAAGCUUGUUCAAGAAGAUCCUGUUGGGCCUGUUGUGUCUGGCGUAUGCUGCCUAUUUCUUGGCAGCUUGCAUCUUGGAUUUCCAGAGGGCACUGGCCUUAUUUGUCAUCACCUGUUUGGUGAUCUUGGUCCUGCUUCUCCACUUUCUGAAAAAGUUCUUGGGUAAAAAAUUAACAAGAUGCCUGAAGCCCUUUAAAAAUUCCCAGCUGAGACUUUGGAUAAAACGGGUGUUCGCAGGAGUCUCCUUGGUUGGCCUUAUCCUGUGGCUGGCACUAGACACAGCUCAAAGGCCAGAGCAGCUGAUCUCCUUUGCAGGAAUCUGCAUGUUCGUCCUCAUCCUCUUUGCGUGCUCCAAACACCACAGUGCAGUGUCCUGGAGGACAGUGUUUUGGGGCCUGGGUCUUCAGUUUGUCUUUGGAUUAUUGGUCAUCAGAACGGAUCCUGGAUUUAUUGCAUUUCAGUGGCUGGGAGAUCAGGUCCAGAUUUUCCUGGCCUACACCGUCGCUGGCUCCAGUUUUGUCUUUGGGGAUACCCUGGUCAAUGAUGUCUUUGCUUUUCAGUCGUUACCAAUCAUCAUUUUCUUUGGAUGCGUGAUGUCCAUUCUCUACUACCUGGGCCUUGUGCAGUGGGUUGUUCAGAAGAUCGCCUGGUUUUUGCAAGUCACUAUGCGUACCACUGCCACAGAGACCCUAGCUGUAGCAGGAAACAUCUUUGUGGGUAUGACAGAGGCACCUCUGCUCAUCCGCCCCUACCUUGCAGACUUGACCCUCUCUGAAAUCCAUGCAGUGAUGACUUCAGGGUUUGCCACCAUUUCAGGCACUGUGUUGGGAGCCUUCAUAUCCUUUGGGAUUGAUGCAUCAUCCUUGAUUUCUGCUUCUGUGAUGGGUGCCCCUUGUGCACUUGCCUUGUCAAAGCUGGUAUAUCCAGAAGUGGAGGAGUCCAAGUUCAAGAGUAAAGAGGGGGUAAAACUGCCUCGUGGGAAGGAGAGCAAUGUCCUAGAAGCUGCCAGCAAUGGAGCGACAGAUGCUAUAGCUCUUGUUGCGAAUGUCGCAGCCAACCUGGUUGCCUUUCUGGCCGUGUUGGCCUUCAUCAAUGCUGCCCUUUCCUGGUUGGGGGAACUGGUGGACAUACAGGGGCUCACUUUCCAGGUCAUCUGCUCCUAUAUCCUAAGGCCCAUGGUUUACAUGAUGGGUGUAGAGUGGACAGACUGUCCAAUGGUGGCUGAGAUGGUGGGAAUCAAGUUCUUCACAAAUGAGUUUGUGGCCUAUCAGCAACUGUCUCAAUACAAGAAAAAACGUCUCUCUGGAAUGGAAGAAUGGAUUGAUGGCCAGAAACAGUGGAUUUCUGUGAGAGCUGAAGUCAUUACAACAUUUUCACUCUGUGGAUUUGCCAAUCUUAGUUCCAUAGGAAUAACACUGGGAGGCUUGACUUCAAUGGUGCCCCACCGAAAAAGUGAUCUGUCCAAAGUUGUGAUCCGGGCCCUCUUCACAGGGUCCUGUGUAUCCUUUAUCAGUGCCUGUGUGGCAGGAAUCCUCUAUGUUCCCCGGGGAGCUGAAACUGACUGUGUCUCCUUCCUAAGCACAAGUUUCACCAACAGAAGCUAUGAGACCUAUGUGUGCUGCAGGGAGCUCUUUCAGAAUACUUAUCUGAAUGGCACCAAUCCACCUUCUUUUUCUGGUGCCUGGGAAGACAAGGCAUUCAGUGCCAUGGCCCUUGCUAACUGCUGUGGAUUCUACAACAAUACUGUCUGUGCCUAAGGAUGGUUGGUCCAUUUCUACCACAGUUUUAAUCUUAACAGCUUUUUGGUGCAAAGGUGUUUAUUUACUCAGGAUUCCAACCCUUUAACCAACUCUCCAAGAUCCUUAACAGUAAAUGUAAAAGAUUCAUUUGGUUCAGUGCAUUCCACUAAUGAAAAUUAGCAUUCAUCAUUCCACUAUUUCACUGAACCAUAAAGGUACUCAUGGGUAG